AAAAGCUUUAUGAGUCUUUGUUCCUGAAGAGACAUCAAAGAGUUCAUUGUGGGGAGAAGCUCUACAGGUGUGGCAAGUGUGGCAAACAUUUUUCCUCUUCUUCAGACCUCAAAAUACACCAAAGAAUCCACUCUGAAGACACUCCCUAUAAGUGUGGGAAUUGUGGAAGAGUCAUUUUAAAGCUUCCCACCCUUACUAAGCACACGUUUUUUCAUUAUAGAAAGAAGCCGUACAAGUGUGAAGAAUGUGGGGGAAGCGUUUGCUUCUAAAUCUUCCAUGAUUCAGCACAAGUUAGCUCACGUUGGAGAGAAAUCUUACCAAUGUGGGGGAUGUGGCCAAAUGUGUUACUCUACCUGUGACCUAAAGAAGCAUAAAAUAAUUCAUUGUCAAGAGAAAUUUUACAAGUAUGAAGUCUGUGGAAAAGCCUUUUCUACUAACCCUUUCCUGACUCAGCACAAAACAGUUCACACUGGGGAGAAACGCCACAAAUGUGAAGAGUGUGGCAAAACGUUCAUCUAUCCUUCAAAGCUAAAGAGACAUGAAAGAAUUCACACCGAAGAGAAAUCCUACGGAGGUGGAGUCUGUGGUAAGAUCUUUUGUACUCAUGCAGAACUUUCUGUACACAAGAGAUGUCAUACUGGAGAGAAACCACAUAACUGUGAGGAAUGUGGAAAAACCUUCUGUUUGGCCUUAUACCUUCCUCUGCACAAAUUACGUCACACUGGCGAGAAAUCUUACAAAUGUGAAAAAAAUGUGGCAGAAUGUUUUUCUCUACCUUAGACCUUAAAAAACACCAGAUAAUUAAUACUGGAGACAAGCCAUACAAGUGUCAAGAGUGUCACAAAGCCUUUCAUAAUCAACAAGGCAGUUCACAUAGGAGAGAAACUCUACACAUGUCAAGGAUGUGGCAAAGUCUUUACCUAUUCUUCAGACCUUAAAAGACAUCAAAAUAUUCACUCUGAAGACAAUCCACACAAGUGUGGGGAAUGUGGCAAAGCCUUUGUUAAUCUUUAUAGCCUUACUUGACACAAGGCAGUCCCUACUGGAGAGAAAUCCGACAAAUGUCAUAAAAAGUUUACACUUCUUUAGCCUUUAAAAGUUUAUACAUUUUUAGUGUUUAAAAGAUAUAAAAUGAUUCAUUCUGAACACGAGCUUCAUGCGUGUGUGGAGUGAGGUAACUUUUUUGUCAACAAUUCAGAUCUUAUCCAACUCAAAUGAAUCCAUACUGUAGACUAUUAAGUGAAUUACUUCUGGAAUGUCCACACAUACCCCACCUUCCACUGGCACAGAUGCUGAGAGUGUCACCAGAUGACAGGAGAGACUUCUCUUAACUGUAACCUCUCUAUGAAUGUGUUCAACCAAUGUGCUGGAG